UCGCGGCUUUCAAAAGCAGCAUACCGUCCAUUGACAAAGAGGUAUCUUCAACUUGUGGCUUUUCCUCUAGCCAAACACUGUCCCGAUAUUGAGCAGCAUCUCAUAGAGCCAUGUCUCCGUUAUUGGAGACCAUUCCGGCAUCUGGGCCUUUGGAGUUUCAAAUUCCGAGCAAGGCAAUCCAACUCAAUGUUGAAGAAAAGGCGCAUCAUGGACCACAGAUUUUCGAGAUCCGCCGAGGCGCUAGCGAGGCAUCCAUUCGAAACGAGAUCCUUUCAGGUCUUGAUCCAACGAAGGUAGAGAAGACACUCCCCACGCUCUUGCUGUACAAUGAAGCUGGGCUCAAGCUCUUUGAACGCAUCACGUACCUGCAUGAGUACUACCUCACCAACGCCGAGAUUGACGUCCUCGAGUCCCAUGCCGAUGAUAUUGCAAGCCGAAUCAAGCAAGACUCCGUGAUCGUUGAGUUAGGAAGCGGCAACUUGAGGAAGAUCAACAUCCUUCUUCAGGCAUUGGAGAGACAGGAGAAGAACGUGGAUUACUUUGCGCUUGACUUGGAUCUGAGCGAGCUCCAGCGGACCUUGUCUGCUGUACCCCAGGGCUCAUUCCGCCAUGUCAAGCUCUACGGACUGCAUGGAACGUACGAUGAUGGUGCCGAGUGGCUAAAGUCCGAAGCCAUCCGGCACCGUUCAAAAUGCGUUUUGAGUAUGGGCUCCAGUGUCGGCAAUUUUCGACAUCAUGAAGCUGCAGCUUUUCUGCAGAUGUUUGCGGAUAGCCUUGUGGGCGGAGAUUCCAUAAUUGUGGGACUUGAUUCGUGCGAAAACCCGCAAAAAGUGUACAGCGCAUACAAUGAUACAUCAGGGGUUACGCACCAGUUCAUCCUGAACGGAUUGCUACACGCGAAUGAGAUCCUUGGCGAGGAUGCGUUCAGCGUUGCGGACUGGAGAGUCAUCGGUGAAUACGUCUAUGACAAUCGAGCCGGACGUCAUCAGGCGUUUCUUUCCCCUGUAAAAGACGUAGAGGUGUGCGGGAUCCACAUCAAACGGGACGAACGGGUUCGUAUCGAGGAGAGCCACAAGUACUCGCAUGACCAGCUUCAGGAGCUCUGGCAGCAAGCCGGAUUGGUCUCUGGUGCUUCAUGGAUGGGCAAGGCGUGUGAGCAUGGCUUGCACAUGGCGACUAAGCCGACGUUCGAGUUUCCUCUCUCCAAGGCGGAGUAUGCAUCCAGCGCAAUACCCACGUGGAAAGACUGGGGGCAGUUAUGGGCUGCAUGGGACACUUGCUUGCGUGGGAUGGUCUCCGAGAAGGAUUUGUACGAUAAACCCAUUGAUCUUCGAAAUCAAUGCGUGUUCUAUCUCGGCCAUAUCCCGACAUUCUUGGACAUCCAUUUGACCAGGUCGACGGGAACGCCGGCCACGGAACCGAAAUACUUCGCCAGAAUAUUUGAGCGAGGGAUUGACCCUGAUGUUGACAAUCCGGAGCAGUGCCAUUCUCAUUCGGAGAUUCCAAAUGAAUGGCCUGCAAUUGAAUUGAUCAACAGGUAUCAGACCGCGGUGCGGAAACGUGUCGAGGAUCUGUAUGUUGCCUCCGCCCAGAAGGAGUUGCCUCAGAUUGUCCAGGAAGCUUUGUGGCUCGGCUUUGAGCAUGAAGCGAUGCACCUGGAGACCAUUCUUUAUAUGCUGUUGCAAAGCAAGUUUGUCAAGCCGCCUCCAGGGGUGGUUGAACCAAAUUGGGAGGCUCAAGCCAUGUUGGCUGAACAGAAGGCCGUUCCAAACACGUGGUUCCGUAUCCCGGAACAAGAUGUGUCCCUCGGGUUGAAUGAGUCGAGUGGAGCGUUUGGGUGGGACAAUGAGAAGCCUAUGAGACAGUGUCGCGUUCCAUCCUUCACCGCGUCUGCUCGUCCAAUUACGAAUCUGGAGUAUGCCCAGUUCUUGGCGAGAAAUGGUGUCGAAGGUAUUCCAGAAUCUUGGACUGCCGUUGGUUCCAACCGUACGAACGGAAUCUUGUCGAACGGGGGGUCUAAUGGCAUCACGAAUGGUGUUCAUUCAAACGGAUCUGCCGCUCGCGAUGUCCCGAAGGCGUUUAUUGAGGACAAGUUGGUCAAGACUGUUUUCGGUCUGGUACCGUUGAAGUAUGCCUUACAUUGGCCAGUUAUGGCGUCUUAUGAUGAGCUCUCCGCCUGCGCCGCAUGGAUGGGCGGACGCAUUCCGACGAUGGUGGAAGUUCGCAGCAUCUACCAGUAUUCAGAACAGAUGAAGGAGCAGGUCUUUGAGAAUGCGUUGGAUAAAGCUAUUCCCGCCGUCAAUAGCCACCUUUCAAACAACGGCGUUCAGGAGACCCCUCCAUCAGUGACCAAGCUGCCGAAGUCCGCCGAGUUCUCUUCGAUCGAUGGAUUUUUUGUCGAUCUCGACCACGCUGAUGUUGCUUUUAAGCACUGGAACCCAGUUUCAGUGACCCAAAAUGGCAACCACGUCCGUGGGCAAGGAGAACUCGGUGGUGUCUGGGAAUGGACUUCGACACCGCUGGUCAAACAUGAAGGCUUCCAGCCCAUGGAUGUAUAUCCAGGAUACACAGCGGAUUUCUUUGACGGCAAGCAUAAUGUUGUGCUUGGGGGCUCCUGGGCUACACACCCCCGCAUUGCGGGAAGGAAGACAUUCAUCAACUGGUAUCAACGAAACUAUCGAUUUGCAUGGGUGGGAGCGCGUGUGGUGAGAGACUGAUGGAGGGAGAACAGAAACAGAAAACUGCGUGGGCGCCGAGGAUGACGACGGCGGCGGCGAGGUUGCGAGGCAUUGACAGACUUUUCUUCUAUCAGAUCCCUCGUGGGAAUUA